AACAUGAAGGUAGAUCUAGAAACAAUAACUCCAAGAACAGGCUCGGAGUAAACUCCCUUAGAUCUACAGUCAACAGCAUUUCCUACUUCCUUCCAUUUCUCCAAACCCAAACACAGGGCACAGGCUGCUUGGUCUUGAGAAAAAGCUUAGUAUCAGUAGAGGAUCUCAAUAUGGCUGAAUUAGGGGACGUCAGCGAUGUGCCUGAUACUGAUUCUAAAAUGGAGGUUGAUGAAAAAGCUUGUGAGAGCAAAGAGGAUGAUUGUGCAGAGGACCAUGAUGCAGCUGAAGAGUCAGCUUGUAAACAUUACAACAGAUUGUGUAAAUUGAAGGCUGCAUGCUGUUCCAAAUUUUACCCUUGUCGCUUUUGCCACGAUGAAGUGAGCAACCAUGAGAUGAACCGUCACAUGGUUCAGGAGAUUCAGUGUGUUAAAUGUGAAACUCUGCAAGGGGUGUGCAAUAAGUGUGAGAAGUGUUCCGCUGUGUUUGGCGAGUAUUUUUGCCCAGUUUGUCGUCUGUAUGACAAAAACAAAGACCAGUUCCACUGUGACAAGUGUGGGAUCUGCAGAGUUGGGCCGAAAGAGAAAUUCUACCACUGUGACACCUGUAAUGCAUGCCUCAGCAAAGAACUUAAAGGAAAUCACAAGUGUGUGGAGAACAUGUCCCAGUCAAGCUGCCCCAUCUGCCAGGAGUACCUGCACACCUCGCGUCUGGGCAUGCACAUCCCCCGCUGUGGCCACAUGAUACACCAGGAAUGUCUGAGAAGUAUCUAUGCUCAAGGCCUUUAUCAAUGUCCUUUGUGCCGUCAAUCUCUGGAGGACAUGUCGGACUACUGGAAGAUAAGGGACGAGUACUGCGCUGCCGUGAGGCUCCCUCCUGAUCUCCAGAACGUGAGACUCAAGAUUUUAUGUCAGGAUUGCCACAAGAACAGUGAAGUACCUUUUAACACAGAGGGCCUAAAGUGUCUACAGUGUGGCGGCUACAACACGACCGAGGUUUAAAUGUUCGUCUGUCAGGAUGCUGCUGUGCUAUGUGUUCUUUUGUCUCAGAGUGACCUCUAUUGAACUGUGAUUUAGAAAACACUGCUGUUGAUCAUUGGAAACAUUGACCGUCACAGAUGUAAUGUAUAUGAAAUGUCAAUUUUUGCAAUUUAGUGGGGAGUAUAGCUCAUCAGACAGUUCGAAAAGAAUACUAGUAAAGUGUAUAUAUUCAAAUUAUGCAAUUUAGAGGACCUAUUAAUGUAAUUGCUAAAUCACGUAUUCAGACGCAUUGUUGACUUGUCUGUGUCACAUACGAUACACUGAACUGUCAAAGCUAUGUAAGGAAAUUGCCAGGGGAAAAAGAUACAGUGACCUUGAACUCACUCACUGCCAGGCAUUUCUCAGCAGGGGAACUGAAGAAUGCCAGGCUUUCGGGACCAUCGUCAAAACCUCACAGUGAGCUUAUCAUUUUGUGUACAGCUUGGAAGUUUUCCACAAACAAUGACAUUGAAACAUACUCAACAAAUCAAACAAAAA